AUGGACGGACGAAACGAAACCGCUUCCAUCCCUGAUCUGGUUUGGUACUUCCUGCCCACCAUAGUCCUGGUUCCUCCUCUCGGGAUCCCGGCCAACGCUUUGGUUCUUCGCCUCCUGCUGGGCAAACCCAACAUCUGCUCCACCUCUGAGAUCUUCGUCCUCAACCUGGCCGUGUUCGACAUGAUGUUCUGCUUCAUGGUCGUCAUCGAGUACAUCUACUUCAUGUUCAAUAAGACAAUGGCGAACUCUCACUUCCUGUCCUGGGGCUUGAGUCAGGCGGGGGGUCCGAUGCUGCUCUGCGCUCUUUCUUUGGACGCAUUCAUGGCCGUCUGUCACCCGUUGAUCUUCCUCCGUCUCAAAGAACCUAAGCUCCGCCUGUCCUUGUGCCUGCUGGUUAGCGUCUUAGCGUUCACGGUCUGCGGUCUGGCGAAACUAAUGCCGGUUUACAAGAUGUGGAUGAUGCUGGGGAUCCUGAUGGUGGCCAUGCUGACCAUCUCCACCUGCAACGUCCUGAUCCUGAAGUCUCUGCGGCGGCCGGGUCCUGGAGGGAAGGAUCUGCACCCGGUGAAGAAGAGAGCGUUCAAGAUUGUGUUCACAGCGUUAGUGAUGAUGAACUUCCACUACCUGCCGUCGCUCGCAGAGUCCCUGAUCAAGGUGUUGUUUCCCACACUUUUACUGCCCUACUACAUCAUCACGAGCUUCACCUACUUGAUUCUGUCCAUGAGCAGCUUCAUUCAACCGCUGUCGUAUCUCGUACGCACCAAACAGCUGCCGAAGAUGAGAUGCAACGAAAAGGCUGAGACGAAAACUAUAGCAACAAGUUAG